UUACUGUGGAAAUUGUGAUCGAAUCAACGCAAUAUUAGCCACUUUCAAUGCAACCUCCCGAAACAAAACGAACAAUGCAAGAGAUUGCAUUGUAGGCAGAACGCAUCAGAGUAGGAUUCUAUUGCAUUGAUAGGCAUGGUCUCAUCCCGUAAACUAUACAGACCGGUGCGGCAUAACCAAUCAGAGCUGUAGUAAGCCUAUAUGCAAAUAGAUCAUUGUCAUAAAUGGAUCCAUGCUAUUUGUUUUGAUCUGGACUUUACAGCUGUGGUCGUGAGUAGAUGUGCUUCUUUUGCGAUUAAAGCAAGAGCUGCAUGUGGCCACCUGUGCACAUUUUGUUCAUAUCCUUUGCUAGUUUGUUAUUAGCCCAGUUAUAGAUAAUUUGUAGUCAGCAAUAGGGGAGUGAUUGCUUCCUACAAGAUCCCAACAUGUGUACCUUUCUAGACAUUUUUGAAAAGCGAGUCAGGACCAAAGAGAACAUGAUGGCCAUUGAUCACAGACUUUCUCUACCUCUGGCAAGUUUUAUUUUGGCCAUUUCCUUGACUACAACUACAACUCUGACAAGCUCUUCUGAGAGAGGAACUAAUGCCACUGCCACAAAUAUCCGUUUGGUUACUGCAAUCAUAGAGACAAUGGCUCCAAACCAGACCUACACCACUGCCAUGCCAACUCCUUCAAAUGUCACUGUUGACGGUGCUCUCUCUACUACAAGUUACCAUAACUCAAGUCAGAACAGCACUGGAACAACAACUCACAGUGCUGUGCAGGACAACUCAACAACCACAACAGCACCGGCUGAGAGCUCAAACACAACCACUGAGUCAACACCAUCAGCUUUGGCCCCUACAGCUAAUGCUACAUCUGCAGCCAUUACAGUCCCGGGUAUAGUCCCCUCCACUCCACCAACCACCCAAGCAGCCAAGACCACUGAAAACCAAAGCAGUACAUCAAAUAUCCCGCCACAACAAUCCACUAAGAAUCUUCCUCAAACCACCAAUGCCGCCACGUCGAUGACAACAGCAACACAUAAUGUGACACAAGGUUUUGGACUAGACAAUUCAGAAAAAGGCAUGACGGUUUUCUUCAGUGUUGUGCUCGGGGUGUUUGUUCUGGGAAUAUUUAUGUACACGUUGAAUAGAUGGAACCAUAUGAGGCAAUACUCACAUCGGCCUCUCUAUAACAACUCUGAGGCCGAAGUGGGUGGAUCCCUGGCAGCAGACGACACACUUGUAAUUUCAGGAGGACUCUACGAUGGUUCACAAAUCUACAAUCCAACUAUGACAACUACUGAUAUGACGGAGGAUGAGUUCAAUUUGGAUAACCGUCUACAUGUGUCCCAGCCAUCACAGUUCCGCCUGGAGUUCUUAACUGAAGAACGAGAGAGCUCCCCAGGCUAUGAGGCCUCGACCUUUCAUGCUUUUCAGCCAAUUGAUGAUGAUUAUUAAUGUCAAUUCUAGCUUCUUCUUUUUUUUAAACAUCACUUUAACAGUUGCAUUGUUUAUACAGUUGAAGUCGGAGGUUUACAUACACUUAGGUUGGAGUCAUUAAAACUUGU